AUGGCCAUUGCCAUUAAAGAAUGUUUGGACUCAACUCGCACCGCCAGCGCCAGCACCAACGGCAUAACACUUUGCCGUAUGGCGAACCAUCGGCCACUAAUUACAGGAGAUGUACUCAAUAUUCGAUUUAGGCCAGAGGACGUGGAAAAGACGAGGCUUAUGAUAGAGUAUCAGUGGCUCGCUCUCAGGAUGGUGGCAUUUUGCGCGGCUGCUGAAGUUGUCGACGAAUUGGACCCUGAGUCGCCUCACAUUGAAGAGUUAUCAACCUUCUCCGAGAUAUUGUUGAUUCGUAUUUCAUUGAAGGGUUGCAACAAUAUGGAACCACCAGGUCAGGUGUCCGGAGCCUCCUUUACGGUGAAAAAAGAGGGAUGCUUGAAUCUCUGCCUCGGAGGCUUCUUCAAGGAAUCCUGCUAG